AAAAAAGGAACCUGAACUUUAGUAACCCAGCUGGAACAAUCCGCAGCGGUGGCAGGAGCGGCGGGAGAAGAGAUUUAAUUUAGUUGAUUUUCUGUGGUUGUUGGUUGUUCGCUAGUCUCACGGUGAUGGAAGCUGCACAUUUUUUCGAAGGGACGGAGAAACUGCUGGAGGUCUGUUUUUCCAGACAGCAGUCCGACGCAAGCCAGGGAUCUGGGGAUCUUCGUACCAUCCCAAGAUCUGAGUGGGAUGUCCUUUUGAAGGAUGUGUGAAUCAUAAGUGUGACAAAGACUGACAAGCAGGAAGCUUAUGUACUCAGUGAGAGUAGCAUGUUUGUCUCCAAGAGACGUUUCAUUUUGAAGACAUGUGGUACCACCCUCUUACUGAAAGCACUGGUUCCCCUGUUGAAGCUUGCUAGGGAUUACAGUGGGUUUGACUCAAUUCAAAGCUUCUUUUAUUCUCGUAAGUAUUUCUUGAAGCCUUCUCACCAAGGGUACCCACACCGGAAUUUCCAGGAAGAAAUCGAGUUUCUUAAUGCAAUUUUCUCAAAUGAAGCAGCAUAUUGUAUGGGACGCAUGAAUUCUGACUGCUGGUACUUGUAUACUUUGGAUUUCCCAGAGAGCCGAGUAAUCAGUCAGCCAGUUCAAACCCUGGAAAUUCUGAUGAGUGAGCUUGACCCAGCAGUUAUGGACCAGUUCUACAUGAAAGAUGGUGUUACUGCAAAGGAUGUCACUCGUGAGAGUGGAAUUCGUGACCUGAUACCAGGUUCUGUCAUUGAUACCACACUGUUCAAUCCUUGUGGCUACUCGAUCAAUGGAAUGAAAUCGGAUGGAACAUAUUGGACUAUACACACUCCAGAACCAGGAUUUUCUUAUGUCAGCUUUGAAACAAACCUGAGCCAGAUCUCCUAUGACGACCUGAUCAGGAAAUUUGUGGAAGUCUUCAAGCCAGGAAAAUUUGUGACCACCUUGUUUCAGAAUCAAAGUUCUAAAUGUCGCACAAUGCUUUCUUCGCCCCAGAAGAUUGACGGCUUUAAACGUCUUGAUUGCCAGAGUGCUAUGUUCAACGAUUACAAUUUUGUUUUUACCAGUUUUGCUAAGAAACAGCAACAACAGCAAAGUUGA